CUUUGAUAAACUGAUAUAUAUCAUUUGGUGUAAACUCUGCCUAUUGAAUAUAAUAAUCAGACAAAAUGUUUGUUGUUGGGUUAAUUCAAGAUCAGGUUCCAAAAUUGCCAGGUUAUUUACCUAAAUGGCUAUUCUUCAUAGCCAUUGUUUCAAUUUUUAAUUCGGUUCAAACGUAUUUUUCUGGGUUAACAUUAACAAGAAGAGUUUAUGAAAACAAACCCUUAGAGACAACCAAUUUAAGUGCCAGGACCUUUGGAACAUGGACCAUGUUAUCUGCUAUAAUUCGUUAUUACGGGUCAUUUAAUUUAAACAAUGCUGUUGUUUGGAAAAUUGUUUUAAGUUCAUAUCUUAUAGCUUUUGUUCAUUUUAAUUUGGAGUUAUUGGUUUACAAAACUGCUAAGUUAGGCAAAGGUUUUGCUGGGCCAUUAAUUGUUUCAACGGUUACCAUUAGCUGGAUGUUGUUAACUAGAGAUUAUUAUCUUUCAUUAUAGGUAUAUAAAACAAUUUUUAUAUUUAUUAAUGAAAAUAAGUGAGUAAGUAAAUAAAUAAAUUAAUAAAUGGAUAAAUAAAUAAAUAAAGUGAGUAAGUGAGUAAGAUAAGUAAGUAAGUAAGUGGGUAGAUAGAUAGAUAGAUAAAUAAAUAAAUAAAUAAAUAAAUAAAUAAAUAAAUAAAUAAAAUAAAUAAAUAAUGAUAAGAAAUUGAUAAUAAUAACUCAUUAAU